UACCAGCUUUAUCUGUUUUAUAUAGUUUUUCUCUUGUUGUAAUCAAGUCAAUUUAAUUUGUUUCGGCUGUUCCGUUGUUCCGGCCGGAGUAGAAUGCAAGCUUUUCUCAAAACUGGUCGUACAACCGGCGAAAGUUCGUCUGCCGGCAGCAGUAGUGAAGGCGGUCCAUCAUCCGCCAAGCGAGCUAAACAUUCCGUACCAUGGGUUGAGAAAUAUCGCCCACGAAGCGUAGAUGAUGUAGUCGAACAGGCGGAAGUAGUUGCCGUGUUGCGUGAAUCACUGUCCACCACCGAUUUGCCAAAUCUGCUGUUGUACGGACCUCCGGGUACGGGUAAAACGAGUACAAUUCUGGCCGCAGCCAGACAGCUGUUUGGUGACAUGUUUAAAGAACGAAUUCUUGAGCUGAACGCUUCCGACGACCGAGGCAUCGCUGUGAUUCGCAACAAAGUGAAGACUUUCGCACAACUCACGGCGAGCGGAACGCGCACGGAUGGUAAACCAUGCCCGCCGUUCAAGAUAGUGAUUUUGGACGAGGCAGAUGCAAUGACUCAUGCCGCCCAGGCCGCUCUGCGCAGGACGAUGGAAAAGGAAACGAAAACCACUCGAUUUUGUUUGGUUUGCAACUACGUUUCACGCAUCAUCGAACCGAUCACGUCUCGGUGUACCAAGUUUCGGUUCAAGCCGUUGGGUGAGGAAAAGAUCAUCGAGCGUUUACGGUACAUCUGUGGUCAGGAGAAUGUCAACGUUGACGAGGGUGUUUAUAAGGACAUCGUGGACAUAUCCGGAGGCGAUUUGCGUCGUGCAAUCACCACCCUCCAGUCGUGCUAUCGACUCAAGGGAGCACAAGCACGCAUUGAACGACAGGAUAUUCUGGAAAUGUCUGGCGUUGUGCCAGAGCGAUACCUAACGGAAUUUAUAGCAGUCUGCAAGAGCUUUAAUUACAGUAAGCUGGAGGAGUAUGUUCAAAGUCUCUCAUAUGAUGCAUACAGCGUUGGUCAGCUGUUCGAACAGCUUACAGAAUAUAUCGUAUUCAACGAUGGUCUCACGGAAAAGCAAAAAGCGAUUAUUUGCGAGAAACUUGGUGAGUGUUGUUUCCGGUUGCAUGGAGGAGGAUCAGAAUACAUUCAAAUCAUGGAUCUGGGAUGCACCAUUAUUCAAGCCUUGAAAGAUCAAUAACCCUUAAUAAAGGUCGGGUAAUUUCGAAAUUGUUUAUGCUACCAAUCAGUAAGUUAAGACAAUCAUAUUAUUUUUUAUUAUAAAUUUAAAUUUGAACACAAUCGAGCGCAAGAAGCUUAUUCUGUUGUUACUGU